AUGAAAAAACGCCAAACGUCCAUCUUUGACUAUCGAGAAACCUGUUCGCGGCGUCUGGUACGUUUGGAGACUACUAGCUACAUAGAUCUAACCGUUGAAGACGAUGUGGAGUUGGUGAAGCACGAAGUUGAAGACGAGCUAGAUGUCACUAAAACCGCUGAUUUAGUCAAGGAUAAGCCUAAGAGUACAGAGGACGCUUCAGAGCUGAAAGACCGGGAACAUAUAAAGACGGAAGACAUAAAGAUGGAAGAUUUUGGUCAAAAUGAUGGCAAGAUUGAUGACAGGAUUGAUGGCAAAAUUGAUGGCAAAAUUGAUGGCAAAAUUGCUGGCAAUCUUUUUAAUUCUGACAGUGACAAUCUAAAAGAUCCCGAAGACAAAGGUUCCCAACCUUUGCCCAAAAUCAAACAGGAAUUUUUCCUCAAAGUAGAGGGCUCCGUACCCAUACUUUGCCCCGUUUGCAACCGAGAUCUUGGUUUUCUCGAACUCAACACUCGUGUCCAGCAUGUAGAAAUGUGCUUGGUAACUCCCAAGAAAGAAGAAGUGGAUACUAAGAAAAGAACCCAAAAGAACCCAGACCCGAGAGAACGAUAUAAGAACAAAAAGACAAAGUAUUCGGAUGGGCCCAAAGUCAUAAAACAUCCCACAUCUCAUGGAGAGCGAACCCGUACUCCCAUUCCUCAGUUGAAAAUAAUGGACUUUCCGGUAGUUGAGAAUUCAACCUACAAAGUCCUGGUUGAUGCUUUCAGUUUUGCUCCUCAUGAAUCCAUAUCACAGUACUUCUUGACUCAUUUCCAUGCGGACCACUAUGGAGGCAUCACAAAAAAGUGGAGCUACAAUCGUGUGUUCUCCUCUCUUGAAGAAUACGAAGAUGAAACCAAGUUUCGACGAAUCAUAUACGCUUCAGAAGUGACCAGUCGACUUCUCACUCUUAGGUUUGGCAUAGAUCCACGAUUCAUUAAGGAUCUCAAAUUCGAUACACGUUAUUGCGUGAAAUUUUAUGACGACUCUGGAAGUCCAGUUGAUGUACAAGAUGGCGGAUAUGAGUCUAAUGACAGUGUCCCGGGUCUCUACGUGACACCAAUAACCGCCAAUCAUUGUCCGGGUGCUGCUAUAUUCCUCUUUGAGUCUAUCUCGCGAGACUUGAAGGUGUAUCGAAUACUCCAUUGUGGUGAUUUUCGAGUCAGCAACGUCAUACUUCAGCAUCCGCUACUCACUCCUUUUCACGCCGUGGGUGGCUCUAGGGCCUUGGAUAAGGUCUAUCUCGACACAACAUACAUGGACCCAAAAUACAAUUUCCCCAAGCAAGAAUUAGUGUGUGAGACCGUUGCCAAUAUGUUUCAUAGAUUGGUGUACGCUCAUGCGUCAGAGACAAAGCCACUUUCCAAUUGGCUUGGAAUCCUAAAGCAGUCUCGAAUAACCGAUUUCAUGUCUUCUGGGAAGACCAAAAAGAAAAAGUUUUUGAUUCUUGUGGGUACUUAUCUUAUUGGCAAAGAGAAUCUCGCAAUUGCGAUUCUGAAGAAACUUCGAAACUGUCCCAUUUAUGUGCUGUGCAUCAACAGUAGAAGCGACAAACUCGAUAUUAUUCGAACUUACGACAAUGAAUAUUUGAGCAAAUAUGUCACCAAUGAAGAUCGUGGAGAUGAAAAAUGCCAGUGUGUGGUUCAUUUGGUGCCCAUGAAUAUAGUCGGGUCCAAAGGAGAAAUAUCCAACUACUUUACUCACAACAAAUACUACGACACUUUUGAACAAUGUGUGGGACUUAGGCCAACCGGUUGGUCGUUCCAAGAAAAGAAAACUGAGGGCGUUAAUAAUGACGAAGUUCUUGAAGAUUACGGAGAUUGGGAAACGACAAUUAACAUGCCCCGAGCUCAUGCCAUCAACACCAUUGCUGACAUCAUGCUUGAACAACCGCCAUAUGCAUUUACAGACGUUGCACCCUCCAAGACAAACAAAGCUCCCUACAAUAUCUACAGCUUGCCCUACAGUGAACAUUCAUCGUUUAGAGAACUUUCGUACUUUGGCAUUUUUUUUAACAUUGGCAAGAUAAUUCCAACUGUGAACACUCAUAAUGAAUGGAGUAUCAAGAGGAUGGACGAUAUAAUUGCACAAUGGGAAGACAUACGGACGAUAAAACGAGACCGGCAACUGGAUAUGAAACUAGGUAAAGGUCUUCUUCAAAAGAUCGAGUCGUUAGAUUUGAAUAGCUUCUAA